GUUCUGCUUUCCUAAAAAGUCUUAGGUGUGUGCCUUGUCACUAAUUGUCUCUGAAGCACAUUCUCUCUGGGACUCCUUGACUUACGUACAUAUUCAUCUUUAUAGAUAAGUGUGGUUUCCCUAGUGUCCUGUCCUUACUAGGUGACAUUGGUUCUCUGGGCUUUUGCCCUUGUGUGUUCCCGUUCCAGUUUAUAAUCCCCAGAGCCAUUCUUUUAUGGUCAUUGAAACUGAAGUUCCCAGGCAUUUUCUGUAGGAAUAAAUAAAGAGUUUUUUGUAUUUGAAAAAGGAAUGUUGAUGCUCAGGGUUCACUUACUUUAUCAUCUUGUUUUGAGACCAUUAGCAUGGAUGCUUAAGGAAUAGAACUUGGCAGAGCCAAAGAUUAACCUGUAUUGAUUGCCACUAUGAGUGAAGAGUAUUUGAGGUGGUUCUUAAAGUGCUGAGCCUGUGAUGAAAGGGCCACUUUGGGUAACAUUUGGCUGAUGUUCUACCUUUGUGGUUGUCUUUUCCACAGUAUCAUUCUGGUAUGACUGAUACACCACCAGCUGUUCCUUAAGAGUAUGUGGGAUUGUCACUGAGAUGCAGGCUUGGUAUCAUGAUAUUGAUUGGUUUCACUUCAAGCCAUUUGUGAGAUUUUAAAUCUUACCCUGAAAAUGGAAAACAAAGUAACGUCUUUCCUAGCAGCUCUGGGCUAUUGCUGAUGGCAGAAAUCGAACUUGCUCCAGGGUCACUUGUAGCCCAUCAGUGUCUGCUCAGUCUGGGCCAUUGUGACCAUGGACAGUGUAUUGACUGAGCAAGAUGGCCUCUGGGAAGACAGCAUGAGCAGUGGCACCUCAGCUCCCUCUGAUGCCCCCCUGAAGCCUCCAGGCUCAGCACCACCUGACCAGCCAGACACAGCUCAGAGUGCCAGUGUUGAGGUAAACAGAGCUUGCAGGGAAGUAGGAAGCCCAGAUGGAUCUGGCCAGGCAGCCCUCUGUCAGAAUGGGCCAGUGCCGCAGUUCCCAGACCCUCCAUUGUUGUCUCUUGAUCCUACCACAAGCCGAGUGGGUCCUGAUGCCUCUCCAGGUGUGACUGGUUUCCAUGACAACCUAAGGAAGUCUCAGGGAACUAGUGCUGAGGGCAGUGUUAGAAAAGAAGCUUUGCAGUCUCUCAGACUCAGUCUUCCCAUGCAAGAAACUCAACUGUGUAAGCAUCCAUUCCUGCUGGACUCUUCUCAUCCCCUCCUGUCAGCAUCCUCAGCCUCUGGUUCCACAGCCUCUUCACUGCCCCUGGAGAAGGAGGAGCAGGUCCGACUUCAGGCCCGGAAGCGGCUGGAAGAACAGCUCAGACAGUACCGAGUGAAGCGCCAGCAGGAAAGGUCCAGUCAACCUGCAACAAAAAUGAGACUUUUUAGCACACUUGAUCCUGAGCUCAUGUUAAAUCCAGAAAACUUGCCAAGGGCCAGUACCGUGGCUAUGACAAAAGAGUACUCCUUCCUGCGUACCAGUCUCCCUCGGGGGCCUAAAGUGGGCAGCUUAGGACUGCUGGCACAUCCUAAGGAGAAAAAGAGUUCCAAGUCAAGCAAAAUUCGGUCUCUGGCAGAUUACAGAACAGAAGAUUCAGGUGACUUUGGUGGCCUUGGUCCUACUGCAAACUCUGUCGGGGGUUCCCUGAAGCAGAGCAGAAGCAGCACCUCAGUCGUGUCUGAGAUCAGCCCAUCUCCUGAGACUGAUGGCCGUCUAGAGUGUGCCUCCAUGACUGGGGACAGUGUAUCUGAGGCCGAUGGAAAUGAGAGUGAUAGCUCCUCACACAGCAGCCUCUCUGCCCGUGGGACUAGUGAUGUCCUGGUGAACAUGACUACACAGGGAGCUGCUUACAUGGUCAAUGGCCAGGAACUGGCCCUGGGCCAGUUUCCUUCAAUUAAAGAUGUACUGCAGGCUGCAGCAGCUGAACACCAGGACCAGGUGCAAGAAGUCAAUGGGGAAGUGCGGAGCCGCAGAGACAGCAUCUGCAGCAGUGUGUCUAUGGAGAGCUCUCUUGCUGAAACACAGGAUGAAAUGUUGCAGGUUCUUAAAGAAAAAAUGAGACUUGAAGGACAGCUGGAGGCCUUGUCAUUGGAGGCUAGUCAGGCUCUCAAAGAGAAGGCUGAGCUGCAGGCUCAGCUUGCUGCCCUGAGCACACGGCUGCAGGCACAGGUGGAGCAUAGCCACAGCAGCCAGCAGAAGCAGGACUCCCUCAGUUCUGAAGUGGACACUUUGAAGCAGUCUUGCUGGGAUCUGGAGCAAGCUAUGACUGACCUGCAGAACAUGCUGGAAGCCAAAAAUGCGAGUCUGGCAUCCUCCAACAAUGACCUGCAGGUAGCGGAGGAACAGUACCAGAGACUGAUGGCCAAAGUGGAGGACAUGCAGAGAAACAUGCUCAGCAAGGACAACACAGUGCACGACCUUCGGCAGCAGAUGGCAGCCCUACAGAGCCAGCUCCAGCAAGUGCAGCUAGAGCGCACGACGCUGACCAGCAAGCUGCAAGCAUCACAAGCUGAAAUUGCAUCUCUGCAGCAUGCCCGGCAGUGGUACCAGCAGCAGUUGGCCCUGGCGCAGGAAGCCCGGGUCAGGCUGCAGGGUGAGGUGGCCCACAUCCAGGUUGGACAGAUGACUCAAGCUGGCCUGCUAGAGCACCUGAAGCUUGAGAAUGUGUCCCUGUCCCACCAGCUGACAGAAACGCAGCACAGGUCCAUCAAGGAGAAGGAGCGCAUAGCUGUCCAGCUUCAGAGCAUCGAGGCUGACAUGUUGGACCAGGAAGCAGCCUUUGAGCAGAUUCGGGAAGCGAAGACAAUGGUAGAGGAAGACUUGCAGAGAAGGCUGGAAGAGUUUGAAGGAGAGCGGGAACAGCUGCAAAAGGUAGCAGAUGCAGCAGCAUUCUUGGAGCAGCAGUUGGAACAGGUGAAAUUGAUGCUGCAUCAGCGAGAUCAGCAGCUUACAGCACUGCAGCAGGAGCACCUGGACCUGAUGAGGCAGCUCACCUCGACACAGGAGGCUCUGCAGGCCAAGGGGCAGUCCCUUGAUGACCUGCAGACGCGCUACGAUGAGCUGCAGGCGAGGCUGGAGGAGCUGCAGGGAGAGUCUGCCUCCAGGGAGGACACGAUUCGCUUCCUGCAGAACGAGAAGAUUGUUUUGGAGGUGGCUCUACAGGCAGCUAGGAGUGACAAAGAGGAACUUGACAGGGGAGCAAGGCGGUUGGAAGAAGGCACUGAAGAGACAUCUGAACUUUUAGAGCAGUUGAGACAAGAGUUAGCUGUCAGGUCCAGCCAGGUGGAGCACCUGCAGCAGGAGACCAGUUCCCUGAGAAAGCAGACACAGAAAGUAAAGGAGCAGUUUCUUCAGCAAAAGGUGAUGGUGGAGGCCUACCGGCGGGAUGCCACCUCCAAAGACCAGCUCAUCAGCGAACUGAAAGCCACAAAGAAGCGGCUGGACUCAGAGAUGAAGGAACUGAGGCAGGAGCUAAUCAGGCUACAUGGAGAGAAGAGGGCUACAGAGGUGGAACACUCACGCUUGCAGAAAGAGGUGUCCCUGGUCCACCAGCAGAUGGCGGAUCUUGAGGGGCAUCUCCAGUCAGUGCAGAAGGAGCGAGAUGAGAUGGAGACUCACCUGCAGUCUUUGCAGUUUGACAAAGAACAGAUGGUCGCCCUUAGUGAGGCCAAUGAGGCACUAAAGAAACAAGUAGAGGAGCUGCAGCAGGAGGCCACAAAGGCCAUCACAGAACAGAAGCAGAAGAUGAAGCGGCUAGGCUCAGACCUGACCAGUGCCCAGAAGGAGAUGAAGACAAAACACAAGGCUUAUGAGAACGCUGUGAGCAUCCUCAGCCGCCGUCUGCAGGAAGCUCUUGCUGCCAAGGAGGCUGCGGACACAGAACUGAACCAGCUCAGAGCCCAGAGUGUCAGCAGUGGCAGCGACCCCGUUCUACAUGAGAAGAUUCGGGCCCUGGAGGUGGAGCUGCAGAAUGUUGGCCAGAGCAAGAUGCUAUUAGAGAAGGAACUGCAGGAGGUGAUUGCAAUGACCAGCCAGGAGCUAGAGGAGUCUCGUGAAAAAGUUUUGGAGCUGGAAGAUGAGCUUCAAGAAUCCAGAGGCUUCAGGAGGAAGAUAAAGCGUCUUGAGGAGUCAAAUAAGAAGUUGGCGCUCGAGUUAGAGCAUGAAAGAGGGAAACUCACAGGACUUGGGCAGUCCAAUGCAGCUUUGCGAGAACACAACAGCAUCCUGGAGACAGCGCUAGCCAAGAGAGAGGCUGACCUGGUGCAGCUGAAUCUCCAGGUGCAAGCAGUUCUGCAGCGCAAAGAAGAGGAGGAUCGCCAGAUGAAGCAGCUUGUCCAGGCCCUACAAGCCUCGUUGGAGAAAGAAAAGAUGGAAGUGAACAGCCUCAAGGAGCAGGUGGCUGCUGCCAGGAUGGAAGCUGGACAUAACCGCCGCCACUUCAAAGCAGCCUCACUGGAGCUGAGUGAGGUGAAGAAGGAGCUGCAAGCCAAGGAGCAUUUGGUGCAGACGCUGCAAGCUGAGGUCAAUGAGCUCCAAAUUCGAGAGGGGAAACAUUCCCAAGAAAUAGCACAGUUCCAGACUGAGUUGGCAGAGGCCCGGACCCAGCUGCAACUCCUGCAGCAGCAGCUGGAUGCACAGCUGAGCCAUCAGCCCACAGGAAGCCAAGAGAUGGAAAAUCUCAAAUGGGAGUUGGAUCAGAAAGAGCGAGAAAUCCAGUCCUUGAAGCAGCAGCUGGACUUGACAGAGCAGCAGGGCAAGAAGGAACUGGAGGGAACACAACAGUCCUUGCAGAAUAUCAAGUCUGAGUUGGAGGUGGUGCAGGAAGAUCUGUCUGUGACCCAAAAGGAUAAAUUUAUGCUUCAAGCUAAAGUGUCCGAACUGAAGAACAGCAUGAAGACUCUGCUUCAGCAGAACCAGCAGCUCAAGCUAGACCUCCGUCGCGGUGCAGCCAAGAGGAAGGAGCCAAAAGGAGAGGCCAGCUCCUCCAGCCCUGCAACACCCAUCAAGAUCCCUGACUGCCCCGUCCCAGCCUCGCUGCUGGAGGAACUGCUGCGCCCUCCACCUGCUGUGAGCAAGGAGCCCCUCAAAAACCUGAACAGCUGUCUGCAGCAGCUCAAGCAGGAGAUGGACAGUUUGCAGCGCCAGAUGGAGGAGCAUACCAUCACUGUGCACGAGUCCUUGUCCUCAUGGACUCAGGUGGAAGCUACCCCAGGACAGCACACUCACCCCAGGGGAGACACAGAGCCACAUGGUCAAAGCAGGGCUCCCAGAGAAGGGCUGGACCAGUGACCAUCACUGUCUUUACCACCGAGUGUGUGCAGCUAUGUGAAGAAAUGUUGUUUUGUCAAUGUUAUUUAUUUGAUCGUGUGUUCUACAUUUUUCUGAGAUGAGGUUUAAGUUUUGCUUUUGCCUUUUAGGGGUAAAAUAACAGAGAGCCAAGGAUUAGAGAAAUAGUCAUUUGAAAUCAUAACUUGCUUUUCCCAUGAAAUGACCAAAUCUUAGAAAUGUAGUUAGGCUUCAGUGAGGAGUGUUUGAAGUGUCUGAUGGGUUAUUUUCAGGAGGAGGCCUCUUACAAGUGGUGACAGACAUUAUGUCUGAGUGUGGUACCAGCAGCCAGGCCCUGAUAGGAACUUUGCACAGCAGGGUCCUUGGGCAGCAGCACCUGGAAAGGCUGGGGUGCCAUUUCUCAUCUUUUGUUCAUUAAGAGCUAUGCUUUCCUGCAGAAAUGUUUUAUUUGCACCUUUGACUUGUUAUUUCAUUUGUUUUUCAAUAGCCAUCCCACCAUAGGAUAUGUAUAUAAAUACGGAAGAUCUUUUCAAAGCAUAUGCCUGUAUUAUUUAAGAAGGACCUAAUUGUCUUUUUAUUGAUUGCCUUUUGAAAACUUAUUGGGAAAUGUACAUGUAGGGUUUAGGGAUGUCAGUCAAAAUCUUGUAUUUUAAAAAAUAUAUUUUAUUUACUCUAAAACCAAAUAUUCUUGCACAGAAAAGGUUCCUUGUUUUAAUUUUCUUGAGGGUCUUUUCUGCUGCCAGUGUCUUUGUAAGUUCAUAACCCUGACCUGUUAGGUCAUUAGUCUUGUGUGGUCCCACCUACCUUGGCUGACCACCAGGCAGGAGCAGGUUGGACCCUUGAUCAGACCCAGUGGUCACAGGAGAUGCAAGGGCACUGAGGUCCCUACACACUAACCUGACACUUGGGGAGAGCAGGGGAGGAGGAGGCUCUAACCCGUCUGUGGCUUGUAGACUGCACUCUGUGUCCCACUAAUGCCUGUCGGCAUGGUCAUCAGGAGAGGUCCUGGAUCCCUGGUGGAUACCAGCAUCACCUGCAGUCAGACCUGAUGUCUGCAAGAGGGCUGUAGUGUUCCCUUGAGAAACAGGAAGUUCAAAGACAGAUGCCUUGCUUGAAGUCAGCACCAACUAUGUGAGAUGUUACUGGGGUAUGUUUCCCACCUAAGAUAUUAACAGUGCAGAUGCUGAUUGACUAGAAGAGUUGAGGUCUUUAAAUUUCCCCUAGUUUGCUAAGAAAAUCUGAAAUAAAAUUUAUCUUUACAAUUUAGAAGCGAGAGAGAGAGAAGGGGUCCAGCAGAACUGCUGGUCUGAAAGUGAAGCCCAGCUAGCUUGUGUUGGUAGAUUAUCUGUAUCUACUUUAUGGAGAAAACUAUGGAAUUUUUAAGAUGACUGUGUUCUCUUGUAAUAGAGUUUUAGAAGGGUGAUUGAUGUGGUUAAAGUAGCAUUAGCCACAGAGAUGUCUGCUGUAAAAAUAUUCUCUACCGAGUAUCAGAACUUUUAAAAUGUGUGUAUCAUUUGUACAGGGUUGAUCUUGAAAUGGUACUUGGAAAAUUCUUUAUAAAUAUUCCCUACUUUUUAAGUUGGAAAUUGCUUUUUGACUAUGUUGUUCUUGCAGCAAUAGAAAAGAAAUAUGGUAAUUUACAUUCUUAUUUAUUUUGGUUGUAUUAUCUUUUGUUUUGGUUUUAAAACCAAGAAAUAACACUUGGGCUUGUUCUGUGGCAGAGCUGCUUUCUCCCUCCAUGCUUGGAGGUUUUUGAGUGGAUGGGUUUACUGGUUUUUUUUUUCUCUUAGGAAAGGAUAAACUAAUUCUGAAUUUAUUCAUCAAGUGAAAGCCUAUCUCUUGUCCUCAUCCAUUUUCCUUUCUUCACUGUCCAGAGUGUGCAUGCAUGCAUGCAUGCCCUCAGAAAUGGCAACUCCUUGUGGCUUUGCCACCUCCUACGUGGGUCUCCUCGCCAGGGCCCUCUUGGUUCCAUGAAGGCCUGUCCUGUCCUGGCUCCAGCCUCUGUCCUUCUUUAAGUGUCGAUGUCUUCAUGCAAACCUGCAGUUCUGGAUCAGAGGCCUCCUGCACAAAGGUGGCACUGCCUUUAAGGUUCCUUAAAAGUCACCUCAAAGAGAAGUUGGA